GUCGAAGUUGAAAGUUGCCAGAGGCGGAAACGAGGUUGGACGGUUCGCGGGAAACGUCCCAAAACAAAUCUCUUUAGCAGCACACACAACUAUAAGGCACUAACCAAGCGGUCUUCUCUAGAUUAUCGACUCCUCUAACCACGUAAGACCACGGCCGCGACGUGAAGUGCGAGAAUGUACCGCGAAUCGUCGGCGUUAGCUUAAUUUUAGUGGGAAACUGAGGCAGUGACGUUAGCUACGUUAGCUAGCUGAGGCUAACGUAGCGACCGUUCGCUAAAGCAGUUAGCGCGAGCUCUUAUCGUCUCCACGGCAGCCGGAGGAAGCCGUGAUCCGUGACAGACAGCGGCUGGGACGGCACGGGCCUGCAGCGAGGGGCUUCACACAGACAUGGCAGAGAGACCGGAGGACCUGAACCUGCCCAACGCGGUCAUCACCCGGAUCAUCAAGGAGGCGCUACCUGACGGGGUCAAUGUGUCCAAAGAGGCAAGGAGGGCCAUAUCCCAGGCUGCCAGUGUCUUUGUACUGUAUGCAACAUCUUGUGCAAACAACUUUGCCAUGAAAGCCAAGCGGAAAACUCUGAACGCAGGAGACGUCUUGGCUGCAAUGGAGGAGAUGGAGUUUGAGCGAUUCUUGGAGCCUCUAAGAGAAGCACUGGAGGUGUACAAGAAGGGUCAGAAGGGAAAGAAAGAAGUGUCGGAGCAGAAACGCAAAGAUAAGGAGAAGAAGUUGGACACAGAGAACGAUAAGAGCAGGGACGAGGAAGAAGAGGAAGAGGAGCGCAUGGAGGAGGAGCCUGAUGCAGAGAAUGAAGCAGAGGAAGAGGAGGUGGAGAACUGAGAAGUGGCUGGUGGGGCGUCAAACGCUGGCUAUAAAAGCUCUGAUGACACGGUGAAAGAUGAAAUGCACUCAUCUCCUCUGAGGUUAUCACCGAUUGAACAUAACCUGUUUAAGCUGACACCUUUAAGCUGACACCUGUGUCACAGAGCCACCAUGUAUCAGUGCAUCAGGUUUACUGUCUACCCAUCGGGUUGAGAAUAGAACACGUGCAUGCACUGAAGUGCAGCAAACUGACUUCCAAAACAAAUUUGGUGAUGAACUCAUGGGAGGUGAAGUUGCAUUUUUGUAGUGUUGAGACUUGUGUUGCAGUAGUGCUGCCGUUCUUUCGACUGGUUCACUGAAGUCUGAAGAUUCAGGCCAUCAGCUGCCCUCACACACUUGUGUUAAAGCAAAGCACAAUGAAAACUAAACCACUGAUUAAAUGUGCACUAUGCACAAUUAUCAGGGUUGACUGAAGAGAGGACCCUUUAGACGCAACUGCCAAAAUGAAAAAAAAAAAAAAAAAAAAGUGACACAAGCACAUAUUCUGAGUUGGAGGACCAUAUAGACCAUCAAAUUAUGUCCUCAUUCCACAUUUUUGUCAGUCUAAAGGGUCUGCAUCACAAUCAACCCUGUUAUUUUGCAUACUACACCUUUAACUGGCCUCAAGAAGUCCCCAUCUUGUCCUUUUUCUAUCUUUAUGAUUUGAUACAUAGUUUUGUAAUGUGCUAGGGAUAUUCCACAUAACCUUUGAUACAAGCACCAUUUUGGUGAGCGACAUGUGUCUGCCUCUGUAGAGUCUUUAUAGAAUAAAUGUUAGGAACAGUUGGUUCCUGGUGCUAAAAGCAAAGUGUACUAAGCCUACACUUGCAGCAGGUAAAGUACAGUGUGAUCAUGAAAACUUAACCAUCAUUAUGUUGUGCAUAAGUCUGUACAUUGACCACUUAACCAAUACAAUUUGUGGCAAAUGAGUAAUGGGAACAGGGACCUGUGUCCAGUGCGGGAAGGUUGCUGUCCGUUGUGCUGAUUUAGAGGCAUGAUUAGUGGUUAACUGAAACUAGCAUUUCUUUGCACUGUAGCACAUGGACUACUAGUGAGACAAGAUAAACAGCUACCAGUGUAGUCAGUGAUGAGUUGAUGACAGCGCCUAGCAACUAAAGUCAGUUCUCUUCAGCAGUCUGAACUGUAACUUUGAAGGGAACACUAAAAAAAAAAAAA